UAUUUGUAUGUUAUUAUUGUGACUGAUGCAACAGCUUUCACCAGCUUUCACAGUCCUGAUGGAAAACGAAAGUACAGUAUGGGUGAUGUUAUGGGAAACCCCUUUACUGCCGUUAUAAGGGAUGAAAGAGCUGCUGACUCACAAAUGAAAGCAGCCCUGAGCAGAAACGUGCAGCACUCCAAAGACACAGCAGCUUGUGUGAAACCUUUCAAACUGGAGAUGAAACCGUGGAAGACAAAAUUUAGGAGGAGGGACAGCAGGAGACCUUUACUAGAGAAUAACAACAACAACAACAACAACGAUGAAAACCAACAGGAUGGUACCUGUUGUGACAGCGUUGUGGCUCAGAACAAUUCCAAUAGGAACGAGGAACGACACCUGCAGAGUGAAAAACAGCUCAACGGUCAGCCGCUAGCUGAACUUCUGGGUGUGGCCCCCGAUGCCGACAGCAUACAAAGAUAUGUGUCCCUGCACUUCCCAAAGCCACCAGUAGAUGUGGACCAGAACCUCCCUCAGCACCUGUUAAAUGUGCAGGAAACUGUGCACAAAGAGCUUGUAAAGCUGGGUCCCCUGUUGAAACCAAUGGGGUUGAUGGAAUGUCUGAUUGAAAGCUACCAUCGUCAGACAUUUGAACACCUCGAUGAUCUACUCAACAAAAUCAACUCCUCCAAGAAUUGCUUUGCGCUGAUGAUGUGGCUCCGAGAUACAUAUCUGAGUCAGGAGCCAUGUGAUCAGUCUGACCUGCAUGAAAUGGAUCCCAUUAAAAUAGUUGACAUGCUGCUGUUCACAGAGUGUGCAGCAAAAGCAAAGGACAAACUGCUGGAACAUGUAAAGAAGGAGGUCAGAGGGAUACUCGAGGGAAUCCUGCAGCAUGAGAGAAGCACAGAAGCUUACGAUGAACUUUAUCUGGACAUUAUUCAGUGCAUUGAUGCCAUGCACAGAGCAGCACAAAAAAUCAGCCAAAAACUAUCUGACUACGUGCAGGAGGUUUGUUUCCUAGAGCUGGGGAUGUUUCUGGAGAGCUACACCACUGUGCACUGUGAGAUUCUUGAAAAGAAAGCAAAAAUGGACAAACCAGAAACAAAACACUUCUUUAAGACUUUGAACAACUGUAAUAAACUCAAGCAGUAUGUCCAGACCAAAGCUAAAGGCACCCUUCUCAAGGAAACCAAAGACCAUAGCAUCUUUGAGGAAACCGUGGCAAUGCUUGAAGACAUGGAGGAUUCGACUUUGAAACUUCUGAUGACAAUCGUAGCUAACACUGCAAAGAGCCACCUUAACAGAUACUUCAAAUCAGACAACAAGGAAUUCUUCCUCCUAAUCGAGGAAGUAAAGAGUCUUUUCUCUGAGCUGUCAUGCUGUCAGGAUAUAGGCCUACAAAAGAGAGUGAUAGACGAGGCCUACAAGCUCAUCGCUCACUUUUACCUGAAACAUCUUAUCCAAAGCAAACAGAGCAAAUUGAGAAAGUGCUGGAGUCCAAAUGUUGGACAAACAGUCGCUGAAGAUGCAGAGAUUCUUCACGACACCUUCUCUGUCCUGGCUCCUGGUGUCCGACAGUGGAACCUCAUGCUGCUGAAAGUCAAAGACCUGUUGGAGUGUGAAAGCAGCGACACAACAAAGCUGGUGGUUGGAAGCAUGCAGAUAGACUGUUGCACAUGGAGCGAGGACCUGGAGCUCCUGCCCAAACUGCUGCAAUGGAAAGGUCUCUCUGGACGGGAGGUUAGGGAGGUGCUGAAGGUCCUGGAGGACCUCCCUGGAUAUCAACCCACACCCAGACCCAGAUCUGUUUUCUGGUUCGGUUGUCUUACUGGCUAGUAAAGGCCGAGCUGCUCUAUGAAGAAGAUCAACUGCAACAAGCAAAGAGGUUCGGGAGUUAUGAACAUUUUCAGAUUAUCUGAAUCCUGUUCAGCCCACUCUGUUACUGGUGUCACUUCUCAAAUCGAAUCUGUAGAUAGAGAAGCAGACUUGUUACACAAGGUUUUUAUAUGCUUUGACACAAAAAGGAUUACGUCUGUGUACAAGUGGCAGCUCGUGUAUGAGUUUGCCUAAAUGUCACUGAUUUCCUUUCAAGUGUUUUCGUUUCAGGAAACUAGAUAAUAUUUUAAUGCAAAACGAGAAAAUCAACACAUACUGUGUUCCAAUGCUGUGGAAAUGCUAAUAUGCUAACCAAUGCAGUGAUGUGUUUUUUUUUUUUAUAUUUAUAAAUCUAUUUAUUUUAUAGAUUGUUUAAGUUGUUUACGUUCUAAAUAAUAGUGCACUUACUGCCUUGAAAAUGUGCCUGUUGGUAACAGCCUGGCUGUUUGGCUUAUGGAAUUGUUGCUUUCUGGAGAGCCGCUCAUCCAAACAGCUUCACACUCGACACUGCUUCCUAGGGUCCUUAGCAAUAGCUAGCAUAGCUGCGUCCCUGAGCAAUGCUAGAGUAUAAGUGUCAUAUGCUAACAGCUAGCUAUUUGGGACCAGGCUAUUUCCGGGAAACAAAAGCAUUCAUUCUGAAAGUUACAUUGCUGAUUCUUGAAAUGUUUGAGUUUGCCACAAUGUAACACUCUGCUCUCUCUUUCUUCAUCUGUUCUUGAAUGUACUGUAGCGAGCGAUGGAGAGCGGGCUGUACCCAGCAUGCCGUUCAGCACUGUCACAGUUAAUAGGGGUACCUUUUUAACACGCUACACAGUGUGUACAUAACACACUACUAAUACGUAGGUCCCGUAGAUCUCAGGAGCUUGUUCUCGACACUGCACUUUCUCGGGUUCUAAGCAAUUCCCUUCGCCAAGUGUGAAGCUGAUCGGAUAAACGCUUGUGGGGAAAAGGACAGACAGAGAGUCCUUUCGUUUUAGUUAGAUAAAGGUGGAUUAUAUUUGAAGGAAAAUUUACAUAUUUCUGAAUGUUUUCACACCGUUAACAGGGACAUUUGGUUUUGUUUGCCUUUAACUUUAGGAGAUAAAUAUUUUAUAAAAGGGAAAAAAUGUUAAGCUCUGAAAAUCAAAAGAUAAGAACAAAUAAUUCAAGUCAGUAAAGUGAAAUGUUUUUUGGCCUGCUAUGCAGUUACAAAAUGACUCUUCUUUUGUUUCAAACCCUUAAUGUUCUGGUACUUUCAUUUGCUUUUUGUGCUGGAGGUAGGCUACUAAACGUCAAAGAAAUGGAACUACACUGAUAAAGAUGCUCUGUCUAAACACUUAUUAUUUAUUAUAUACUGAAUUUGACUUGAAUAACUUGUGCCGAGUACUUGUUGAUCUAUUUAUCUUCUAAAUCAAGGUAUAUCUGUGGGUUUUACUGCAUGUUAAACUUUAUAAUAAUGCAUUCCAAUGAAACUACUGUGUUGGUUUACGGGUUUUAAUUCUCUCUUUAUUCCUAGUGCAAAGUCGUGUUUUCUGCUUUAAUGUAAACAG